CUUCGUCAACAAUGUCAGCCUCGCCAAGCAGUACGCCUUCGUCAACAAUGUCGGCCUCAGCAAGCAGUACAUCUUCGUCAACAAUGUCAACCUCACCAAGCAGUACGCCUUCGUCAACAUUGGUCGCCUCUCCGAGUUCCACAGCCUCAAUUCCACCUAGUUUAGAACCUUCUAGUUCUCCCGCAGCAUCUCAGUCGCCCAGGCCUUCAAUUUCACCCACAGCAACCAGUACAGUGCUUGGACCUCUUGAGCCGACAAGUCAGUGCAGACGUCCACCACAAGGAAAACCAGUGUAUCACAUACGAUCGUACUAUCACAGGUUCUGCACUAGUCGCAAAAACGGAAAUUACUAUCCCGAGAUAGAUCAAGACUGCUCAGAACAGGAAAACAAAUUUAUUUGGCACCCCGGACACUGGAACCGCUUUGUUCUUUUGAAUGAGAAUCUAGGCCUGACUGACCAUUGCAUUAGUGUCAGUGACUACGAGACAUUUAAAGCUACCUAUCCUCUUUUUACCGGCCCUACCGACGAUAGUACAAUGCAAGAUCUGAUCCCUGGAGAAUGUGAAGGAGAAUAUGUGAAGUGGGGAACAACCGAUCAUCCCACGUUACCUAUAGAAGACGAAGUUGUGAAGAUAGUAUCGGUUGAUCUAGAAUUCAAUGGAGAACCUGUUUGCUUGGCAGCUCGACCGGUAACAAUGCCCGAGGACCAGUACUAUAUAGCAGAGUGCGACCAUGACAAUCCGGACAUCUGGUGGAAAUUCGAGCGUCUUUGUGACAUAGAUGCAGACUACGACCUAUCUAUUACACCGGAGUGAGCUAGCUACACAUUAUCAGCCCGA